GGGAACUGUAGGAAGGGAAGCUCCUUCACUUGUUUGUUUCAAUUACCAUGAUUUGUGAAUAACAUCACAGCACCACAACACCAUAAUACUACAAUCGAUUGUCUAAUCUUUCUUUAACCAUUCACACAAAAUCUCCCAAAGAGGCAAGCAUAUGAUUUGUACAGGAUGUGGAACGAUGAAGACAAUAAUCCAUACGGCACCAGCUUUGAGCGUAGAGACUCAAUAACCUCCUCAAAUGCUAUUCCAAACUCACCUGGAUCUCGUAAGUUCUUCUCAACUUUUCAACUUUGAUCUCCUCAUUUCAAAAUGUUUUCUGUCUUCUUGGGUGCUGCGCCAAAUCCUCGGGUUGAUGGUGCUGACUUGGAGGGUUGGGAUAUUAUAGAACAUGAUUUUGGCAGGCCGCACACUCCUUCGACCAUCAGUGAAAACCACGAUAAUAUACCAGAUCAGCGCAACCUAAGUUACGAUACGAGUGAGGCUGGGAGUGAUGAGGAUUAUGGCGAAGCAUCUCAAGCUACAAGAAGGCAGAAAAAAGGAGGCUACGAUAGUCGCAUUGAACAAGUUCUCUAUGAGAAUCCCGAACUACCUAUUCUGAUUGUUGAUGCUGGAAAGAGUUCUGAGAGUGGAGGGAAAUACAUUGUGUAUACGAUAAGAACUGGAGUAUGUCUAAAGUUUAAGUAAUAUGUUACAAGUUAACAUGACAGUAGGACCUUGAAGUUCGUCGGCGCUAUUCCGAGUUUGCGUCUCUCAGAGAUGCGCUCUCUAGAUUACACCCUACUUUGAUUAUUCCACCUAUUCCGGAGAAGCAUACCAUGGCAGAUUAUGCUGCCAACCCAACAAAGGCGAAGCAGGAUCAACAGAUCAUAGACCUUCGAAAGCGCAUGUUGGCUGUAUUCCUAAACAGAUGUAGGAGAAUGGAUGAGGUACGGAAUGAUGGGGUUUGGUGGAGAUUUCUAGAUCCAAACGCAAGUUGGGUGAGUCACUGACCAUUUCCACUCUACUGCUAUGCUCCCUCUGACUGCUAUUAGAACGAAGUAUUACAUUCCCAUCCCAUCGCAUCAAUUCCAAAAUCCAACAUGAAAGCCCCACCACUCGACCCCGCCAACCCCACACCUGCUCACGCAUUUCUACCUGUACCCGCAACCUCGGCGAAACUCAAGGCGGCUUCUACAGCAAAUACAAAUGCUCAAGGUAUGAUAGCACAGCCUUCCGAUUAUGCUGCUACUCCUUCCGCUGCGGCGCAUACUCAAUCCGGACCAGCAGUCUUUGGUAGGAUCCCACCGGAAAGUGCAAAUUUGAGUGAACAAGAUUUGGAUCCAUACUUCAUAAGCUUUGAGUCUUCCACAAAGGAUCUAGAAUUGUUGUUGACUGGACCUAUUGAACGAGUAAACCGGAGGACUUUGACUCAUUUGUCUUCUUUGUCGACGGAUUUGGCAGAACUUGGCGCUAGAUUCAAUGGCUUUUCUCUUUCGGAACCCUCGGCAUCUCUUGCAGCAGCUAUUGAAAGAGUUGGUCAAGCUGUAGAUUCCUCAUACAUUGCGACUGAGGAACUUUCUGCUUCUUUAGGUGCAAGUUUUGCCGAACCAAUGCGAGAGAGUGCACAAUUUGCCGGAGUAGUUCGAAGUGUUUUAAGAUAUCGCGUUUUGAAGAGGGUGCAGCAAGAGAUGACCAACGAGGACUUGGCUAAGAAAAGGGCUCUUCUAGAACAACUGGAAAGAAGUGAGGCUGAAUCUAAGAGAAUCGACCAAUAUCUUAGCAAUAGUGGAACUGCUAAUGUUCCACGGCGGUCAAAUUCAUCUGCGAGAGAACCGCCACAAUCAAGUCGCGAAUCACCACAUGAUGACACAGCAUCGAUUGAUUCUGACUUUCCUCCCACUCAUGGUGAUACUCCUUCUGCAUCACAAGGUAUUCCUCAACCUGAGGAAAUACCCCCUACUCAUAGAAAGAGUUCGAGUGGAAAUUUCAUCACCAAUAAGAUUUUCGGCCGCAUAAGUCAUGCAGUUCAUGGUGUUGUUGAUGCUGACCCGGAGCGAACACGAAGGGAUCAAAUUAGUAAGACUAGGGAAGCAAUUUCACAAUUGGAGCAGGCUCAACUAGCAUCUGCACAAGAUGUAAAAGAUGCAAGUGCUGGUGUGCUCAAAGAUUUGCAAAGAUUCCAAACGGAGAAAGAGGAUGACUUGAAGAGAUAUAUGGUUAGUAUUCACAUUUUUAGUAUCUUAUAUCCCUUACCACCCAUGAUGUAGUACGACUCACAAUACUAAUCAACUUCAUAGCUUGCAUACGCUAGAUCUCAAAUCGAAUGGGCCAAGAAAAACAAAGAGACUUGGGAGGAAGCUAAAGUUGAAGUGGAGAAGAUAGAUGCUAAUUAAUUCAGAAACCAUGAAAUGGUUUGAUGAUCAAUCCGAGUUACUGAGAAAGGAGCAUAUUUUAUGGUUGGUAAUAUUGAUACGGGAUGAAUGAAUGGAUAUGAAUUUACAGAGGAGUCGUGGUUUGUGUGUAAUUAAAAAAGGCAAUUCUGUAAGCGCAGCGAAGCGAACUAAGCAAAAUGAUUAGAGAUAUACCCUUGAGCUUGAUUGAAGUAGCCU